GCGUACAAAAAAAAAAAAACCAGCCAGAAGGCGACGGAGUGAGGAGGUGCCGUGAGUUGGAAUGUCGGCGUGAAGAGACUCGGAUUAUACCGCGGCGGAUUUCAGGAACACGUCUGGAAAUAAGACUUAAUUCUAAUAAUCAUCCGAAUAAUAAUAAUAAUAAUGGUAGCGCAACAGAAGAACCUGGAUGGGUACGUGGGCUUUGCAAACCUCCCCAACCAAGUGUACAGAAAGUCGGUGAAGAGAGGCUUCGAGUUCACACUAAUGGUCGUGGGAGAAUCCGGACUGGGGAAAUCGACGCUUAUCAACUCGCUGUUCCUCACAGACCUUUACUCCGCAGAGUAUCCUGGACCUUCUCACAGAAUCAAGAAGACCGUACAGGUGGAACAGUCGAAGGUGCUGGUAAAAGAGGGCGGCGUGCAGCUGCUGCUCACCAUCGUGGACACGCCGGGGUUCGGAGACGCUGUGGACAACAGUAACUGCUGGCAGCCGGUGACGGAUCACAUCGACAGUAAGUUUGAGGAUUACCUCAACUCAGAGUCACGUGUCAACAGACGGCAGAUGCCUGACAACAGAGUGCACUGCUGCUUGUACUUCAUCGCCCCCUCUGGACACGGACUGAAGCCUCUGGAUAUUGAGUUCAUGAAGCGGUUACAUGAAAAAGUCAACAUCAUCCCUCUCAUAGCCAAAGCAGACACACUGACUCCAGAGGAGUGCCAGCAGUUCAAGAAGCAGAUAAUGCGAGAAAUCCAGGAGCACAAAAUCAAAAUCUACGAGUUUCCUGAGACGGACGAUGAGGAGGAGAACAAGCUGGUGAAGAAGAUCAAGGACCGCCUCCCGCUGGCCGUGGUGGGCAGCAACACCAUCAUCGAGGUUAACGGGAAGCGUGUGAGGGGCAGGCAGUACCCCUGGGGUGUGGCUGAAGUGGAAAACGGAGAGCACUGUGACUUCACAAUCUUACGGAACAUGCUCAUCAGAACCCACAUGCAGGACCUGAAGGACGUGACUAAUAACGUUCACUACGAGAACUACCGCAGCAGAAAGCUGGCAGCCGUGACCUACAACGGAGCAGACAACAACAAGAGCAAAGGCCAGCUAACCAAAUUUGAGACAGGUGAUGGCAUGAGUCCUCUAGCGCAGAUGGAGGAGGAGAGGAGAGAGCAUGUGGCGAAGAUGAAGAAGAUGGAGAUGGAGAUGGAGCAGGUGUUUGAGAUGAAGGUGAAAGAGAAGCUCCAGAAACUGAAGGACUCUGAGUCUGAGCUGCAACGGCGUCAUGAGCAGAUGAAGAAGAACCUGGAGGCUCAGCAUAAAGAGCUGGAGGAGAAGAGGAGGCAGUAUGAGGAGGAGAGGGUCGGCUGGGAGGCUCAGCAACGCCUGGUGGAGCAACAGAAACUUGAUGCUUCUAGGACUUUGGAGAAAAACAAAAAGAAGAAAAUCUUCUAAAGUGUUUUGAGCACUAAGAGAUGUACCAGUUGCAACCCUGCCAGUCUGGACUGUGUCUGUCAAACAUCACGAAAUAUCUCCACCUUCCCGUGUGUGUGUGUGUGUGUGUGUGUGUGUGUGUGUGUGUGUGUGUGUUUAAGUGGCCAUGAUAAUUAGUGAAGAAACCUCAGUGUCGUGGCUGAUCAUUAUGACCUACAGAAAAUAGGACACGAGGGCUUUUAUAUAAAACACCACACAGACAAGUUCCCCCCCCCCACCCCCCAUCUCUCCAUCCUUUCUUUCUUUCCAACCAAAAAAAAAAGGUGACAGACUUGAACCCGUAUGGAAUCAGAAGACUGAAGAACCCCUCAGGCCACUCAUCCAUUCAUCCGUUUAUUCAUUCAUUUUAUUCAUUGAUGAUUUUCUUUUCUUUUCCCCACGUAAGAAAUGUUCAGUUCUUCCCUUUUGUGUAAUUUAAGUUAUCUAGCGUCGGACCGAACCACAUAACGUGUUAUUUUUGUUUAUGUAACGUGUAAUUUACGUUUGUUGUUCAUUACGUGUGUCUAUUCGCCCGUCACACCACCUCGAUUCACCGCGGUCAUUUCACCUCCAUCAGCAUGUCUGGACCCUUCCUUCGGUUUGCUUGGAACCCCGCAGACACGUUUACACUCUGCGUUAACGUGUGGCUCGAAUCCCGUAGGGGGCGGGGUCUAUGUACAUCACUCGAGCUGUGAAGCAUGGCGGUGGGUGCGUCGCUCACUUUACAUAGCUUUACCUUUACAAAUCUGCCUUUGUGAUGUUGAUGAUGAUGAUAAUGGUGAUGAUUUGUAUUGUGUACGAGAAAGUUCUCCCACACUUACACGUGCCUCGGAUCUGACCAAUCAUAUUGCACCCUGUAUGUGCUGAUCCGUGAGGUUCAGCCUCAGGUUCUAAUCACAGGGUUCCUCUAAAGGCUUGUGAAGAACUGCCAUGGUCCUACAAGCCAGUUUCCCCCUUCUUACGUCCUCCCCAAGCCCACUCAACCCCCCAAUAUCUCUUUGGUAUGAUCCGGAUUAAUGCUCGCUGCUGAUUGGCCGAUCGAGACAGCGAGCACGAGGUCCCGCCUACAACCGCCCAUUCACAUUUAGCUUUCCAUUAUGUACUGCACCAAUAUAUAUAUUUUUAAAAAUGUUGUCCUUUUUUUCAUUUUUAUUGUACAAAGUCACAUAAUAAAACUGUGAUGAACUGAA